GAGAGGACACCAGAUGCUCCAUUUGACUGUUAACAGCAGCAGGAACCAUAUUUCACUUUCACCACUUUUCCCAAGUUAAUCUGACAAUGAAAGAAGUAGCACAUUCUCCCUAAUUUGAGCCCGGCACCAUGAUGUCCAGCGUCCGCCGGCACAGCCUCCGUCUGCAGACCGAGCUCCACCGCUGGAGCAUCUGCGACCCGGGCACCCACCUCCUCCCCGACGGCAUUUUCGCCCGCGUGCCCGCUUGCAUCUCCCGAUCCAAGUCGUGCACCAGCUCCGCCGGGGAGUCCGACGGAGGCAGCCGCGGUAGCUGGUCCUCCUCCGACUCGGUUAUCUCCGCCGAUUCCGGCAGCCCGUACCGGGUGGUGCUCCUAGGGGGCAGCGGGGUCGGUAAGACCGCCUUCGCAUGCAUCUUCUCCGGGGCAGCGGAUAGCAUGGACAGCGAUGAUUGUGAGCUGUGUGGAGAUGAACUGCAAGAAAAGGAGAUUGAUGUUGAUGGAGAACCUGCAACUAUAACCCUAUUGGACACAUGGGAUGCAGACACGGACACUGAGUGGGCUCUGGAGCGCUACAUGGAAUCAGGCGAUGCGUUCCUGUUGUUGUACUCCAUAACCGACCGGGCGUCGUUCCUUCGGGCGUCGGAGCUUCGCGUCGCCCUGCGUCGCCUUCGCCCCGCCCAACACACGCCCAUCAUCCUGGUGGGCAACAAGUGUGACCUGGUUAGACGGAGGGAGGUUUCCACCAAUGAGGGCCGUGCCUGCGCCGCCGUCUUUGACUGCAAGUUCAUCGAAACCUCGGCCGCCAUGCAGCACAACGUAUGGGAGGCCUUCCGCGGUAUCGUGCGACAACUGCGUCUGCGUCGAAACCCCAACGACGCCUCCGCCACCAGGCGCCGGGGCCGCCGGGAGAGCCUGCCCAUGAAGGCCAAACGUUUUCUGGACAAGAUGGUGGCGAGGAACAAUCCCGGCGUGGCGUUCUGGCUCAAAUCCAAAUCCUGCCAUGACCUGUCAGUGCUGUAGGAGGGUGAUUGACACAUCUCAGCGAGGAGUCGGCCGCGUGGGCUUGUGGAAAAAACAGAUGGCGCCGUGAGAGGCGUUCAAGAACACUUUCGGCCCUGAUGAUGACGUGAACUGUUGAAAAGCAACUGCUGUGCAAGAACAAUGCGUUUACUCGUGUUUUCGUGUUUCUUCUUCUCUCCUAAAUGUGCUCUUUGUGCUCAUUCCUGCCUUCGACUAAACUACUAAAAUGAUUUAUUUUUUAUAAUAACAAACUUUACCCUGGGCUAAUGUGCAUUGUCUUUAUUCUGCCGCCUGGAUGUAGCUUCAGUGUUAAAUAAAGUGACCUCACUACUGAAUAUAGAGAAGCCUCUUUUGUGUCAAGCUACACAAAAAACACACAACAUGCUGAAAUGAAAUAAUGAGUCAUGAUGAUAAUAAUGUCAAGCGCCAUUUUUAAUCAAAAGAUAUUACCUAAUGUGUUUGUGUGUGUGAUUGGCUGGGAGAUUUGGGUCACUGUGACACAGAACAACAUGCUUCCAUCUUUUUGUAUCACGACUCUUGACUCCCCACCCGAAUUGUUUUUGUGGGGACACAUGAGAAAAUGUUACCAUAAAUCUCUUUCACGCUAUUUGAGGGUGCCUGUGUGUAUGUGUGUUCUUGUCAUUGUAUGUUUGUGUGGCACAACUCAUGACAUGCCGCCCUUUUUGUGGGGACCUUUGGUUUUGCGAGUACAUUUUGGCUAGUCCACUCAAAAGAUAAUAGGAUGCACUCCUUUCACCUUGUUAGACUAUGUGUGUGUUAUUGUCUUUUGGUGUUGGUGUAGCACAACUCAUGACAUGCCGCCCUUUUUGUGGGGACCUUUGGUUUUGCGAGUACAUUUUGGCUAGUCCACUCAAAAGAUAAUAGGAUGCACUCCUUUCAUCUUGUUAGACUAUGUGUGUGUUAUUGUCUUUUGGUGUUGGUGUAGCACAACUCAUGACAUGCCGCCCUUUUUGUGGGGACCAUUUGGUUUUGUGAGGACAUUUUGGCUAGUCCAUUCCAAAAAUGACAGCCAGCGCUCCUUUCACCUUGUUAGACUGUGUGUUUAUGUGUGUUCUUGUCAUUAUAUCUUUAUGUAUCACAACUGUUGACACGUCACCCUUGUUGUGGGGACCUUUGUCUUACAAUUUAGGGCAGUUUAGUUGCUCCAAAAGAUAUUACGAGAUAUUAGAGUGUGUGUGUGUUACUACAUCCAUGUCCGUCACAGAGCACCAGUCACAUUGUGUUGUUUGCGACCAUGUAUGAAUAAUUACAUAAUGGUUCAUGUGAACGCUCUUUGUGCUGCUAAGUCACAGGUUGCGUUCAAACGUCCUCGCUGCUGUGAAACGGUGACUCAUUCACAGGCUGUUCGCUGCCAUCGGUUAAGAAUUCACACACAUUGUCGCCUUUUUCUUCUCGUCCUUCCUCCUCCUUCACAGCUUGUCACAGGAUGUUUGGAUGGAUGAGGACGUCGGCAUCUUCUCAGUAAAGACAUGGAAAAUAUGUAUCACAGAUGCAGCCAAGGUCGACUUUUAACCUUCACAAUGGUGACCUUCCAGUUGACCCCCGUGACCUCUUAUUGCCGCCCUCCUUUUGCAAGGGGGUGUGAUCCAUCAGCGCUAUUGGCGAAAUGAAAUCCUUAUCAGUCAUUUCCGCUAAUGGACAAUCUGAAAGCAGUCCACUGGUGGGUAGGGCAAAGUCUGAAAUGAGAAACUUUGCGCCGAGUCGUGGAAAUUGUUGUUUCUUAACAUUCCCGUCAUUGUUUACGUUUCAUUUUCCAUAUUUCUCAAUGAUUCUAAAGACUAUAUUGUACUGUUGAAUUUACAGUUACAGUCUGUUGUGGUAAAUGUCUAAUCCAAUGGCGAGAGACUACAGGAAUGGAAAUAAGAAUUCACUAUUAUGCUACAGCAUUAUAUUACGCUGGUAUAUUAUAAUAAAUAAAAUGAUAAUUAAUAAAAAUUACAAAAAAUGACUCUAGUUAAACCAAAAGUCUUAAAUAAUACAUAUUCUAUGCUAUGUUCUAUGAUCA